AUGGGCUUCUGCGAUUGCUGCUUUGGGGUCUCGAGGGAGCAGCGCCAGGAGGAGGACCGCCUCGCCUCCGAGGAAGCCCGUUCCAGAGCCGCCGAAGCCGCUCAGAGAAGGCAACCACAUCAUCUCUCUGCACCUUCCCCCUUCUUCCCUUCGUUGCUUAGACAACAAUGUUAUUCAUCCAGACGGCUUGAUUAAUUAAGGAGAGGAGUGACCUUCCGCGUGUUACCUCUUAAGAGCGCUUCUUCUUGGAGCCUUGGUGCCCUCCUCGGUCAUAUAGGUGGUGGGUUCUCUCUAACGACGGAUUUGCUCUGUAGGCAGGAGCAAUUUGACAAUUCCGCGGCGGGGAGAGCAGCACGCGCACAAAUGGCUGCGAUCAAAAAGCAGUCUGAUAGCGCCUCCGGAGGUGAACCAGUUCUAAGGGUAUGCCUAUACCUGUGCCGUUCUCGGCCAAUCCUUGCCUUUUGAUAAAUGGGACCGCUGAUGAAGGCCUAUCCAUCGUAGCACCCAUCUUCUUGUUCUUACAGAGUUUCACUAUUGACCCUUUCAUCGUUCUGGUUGCGGUUGCAGUGGCAGAUGGGGUGA